GCCGCCUGCCUGCAGCAGAGAGCGAGGGGUGUAUUGCUGCCGGCACCCCGUGCACAUGCGAGGCCGUCUGUCGAGUUGUGAUCCAAAUACGAAUGCAGGUAAGUCAUGAUGAGUGAGAGGCAACGGAAGGAGAAUUGCCGCUAUUACCGAGGGAGAGGGUUUGAGAUGGGGAGAUGCGCGUGGCGUAUACGAAGGAUCCCAUGUAGAAGUUCAGCACACAUCGGACACACCCCUGAGCAGAGCACAACUUCCCCCCCCCCAUCCAUCCAUUAUCUCCAUCUAUCAACUCCAUCCUGCUUACCGCUCCCCGCAGGAUCCAGCUGGACGGGAGGUACCGCCAUCCAUCCUCCGCCGCCCCAUACACACAGCCCGCUUGCCAUUCGCGCAGAGCCACUCGCCGCCAGGGGGGACAACGAAAAUAAGAAGUGUGAGGCGAGGUGAAGCGAGGCAUCUGGCAUCUUCACCUACUCCUACUCCUGCAGCCCUGCGAUCUACAACUCGUCCAUCUAUACGCCCAACCCC